UUGUGUGCUACACACUCGGAAUCUGGAAGUCCAGUCACAGUGUCUGUUGUGUACUGUGCUCUUUCCAUUGUCCACUCAGAAAGUGACCAUUUCAUAUAUUUCACCAUUUCGGACAAACUUUUUAAAAAGAUUUACAACGAAAUAUUUUUGUUGAAGUUAUCAUGCACUAUCCACCCGAAGGUCCAUCUUAUAUAACACCAACCUACCACCAAACUCUGCAGCCCGUGGCCGCGCCUGUAGUGACCAAUCAGAACACCCUCAGCAACACGGUGGUCAUUGGUCAGACUGGCGACACCGGCAAUGAUUUCCUGGUCAUCCCAAUGGACAAGAUGCAGUCUAGAGACUGGACGUCUGGGAUCUGUUCCUGUUUGAACGACUUCGCUGGCUGUAUCCUUACCUUCGUGUGUCCGGCGAUUAUGAUGUGUCGUCUGGCCAACAGGCUCGAUGAGUGCGCCUUCUUGAUGUACUGUACGCCAGGUGGCGCCAUGGCUCUCAGGACAAAGCUCAGAACAAUGGGAGGGAUAAAGGGUUCAAUCUGUGGCGAUUGCGUCAUGACUUGUUGCUGUUGUAUUUGUUGCACCAUGUGCCAGAUGUCACGUGAGCUGGACAAGAUGAGCUUGUAGCAUGACGUGUACACACAAACACACACACACACACACAACUUCCACUAGGAAUGUUCUACAUUGAAAGAUUUGCCGAAGAAAGAUUAUACGACCUUCCAAGAUCGGAUGUCAAAUAUAUUUUUAUUAACUUUAAUCACAUUUUUGUAUAAACAGUUGACUUACAUACAUCCAUGUAAUUGACUUGUUCAUUAAAGCGUCACUAAAUCCUG